AUGUCUCUUAACCUUUGGCCUAGUAAUAAUGAUAUAGAAGAGAUUUUGAAUCAGUUGUUUCCUCAUAAUCUUUUAGUAUCCAAUUCUUUAGCAUCUUAUGAAUACGUUUUACAGAAAAAGAAAUCCAUAGGUAUUAAUAGUAAUAAACCUAUUAUGAUAAAUACCUUUAAUUCACAAACAAUCACUUCUUCUAACUUGACUUUAUCAAGUCCAACUCAAUCAAUUCAUUCUUCAAGAAAAAGAAAGAAAGUUGAUAGAAGUAAAUUUGAUGUUAUGUAA